AUGGCACGUAUUCGUCUGAAACCAAUAAUUCGUUGCAUUCAGUAUCUGGAGAAAACCUAUUUCUUACCCAUUGUCGGUUUGCUUGCUCUUAUCUGCGAUCUUGUUCUUUUUGGAUUGGCCAGAUGGUCCUGGUUACUCUAUAUCGCUGCAUCUAUUGGAAGUUUAUUUUUUAUUACAAUGCCAGUACUAAGAUCUAAAUUGAGUAGACUAGUAGAACCUAACGAAUAUGCUAUUGUUUUCAUCGCUGCAGCCUUCAUUGAAGCUGGUGGUGACAAAGCGAUCGAUGCCGCAUCGAAUUCCAUCUACAAUGCAUCGCUUCGCUUCUGGCCUGGACUGGUCUUUUUUGUGCUCGCACUUCUAGGCAUUUUUCCUUUGCUUAUUAUGAGUUAUUUGGCGUAUACUGAAAAAAAAACAAUAACAAUCAUGGCAACAGAUAGUGGUGUGAAAGUUUGA